CUGAUUCAUGAAGGAAUCAUUCAGAGUUGUUUGUGAACUUGAUCAAACGAUUCACUAAAAGAAUCCAACUUUACGAGUUCUCUUAUGAACUCUCCAAGGAGAGCUAGAGCUGAUGUCAAGCUGUCAAUUUUCGGAUAUACACAGGAAGGAUACAGCGAGGAAUAGUUAGGCUGAAAAGAUGAGUGUUUUCACACUAAUGAGGUCAAUCCUGUUUAUGUACCAUCUGUGCAUUUACAUUCACUGAGCCAGAACGCAUGAAGGACAAGCUAAUGGUGAUAGUGACCACGUAACAGCUCACUGAAGGGACGUAUUCGGACCGUAAAAAAGACAAUCAACAAAUAAAAAUGUCUGACAGAAUCGUAGAUGAGGAACCAGCGGCUGUCACUCACACAGGGGUUCUUCAAGGAACUAUUUUAGGUCAAAGGAGUUGGUCAAAGCCUGAAUCCUUACGUUAUGGUUGCCAGCUUCCCAGCUUGGUGUUCUUGUGAAGAAAUUAAAGAAACACAUUCAACCCUGAGAUAGGAACCAGGAAAUUGUCCAAAGGGUGUCAUCAAUGACUGGCGUAAAUUUAAACUGGAGAGCAUGGACCAAGAGGCUCUGCCUCCCAACAAGAGAGAGCUGCUUAGACAGAUGUCGUCCCCCCACAAACCCAGAGACUCCUGUGUGGGUGGAUUCAAUCGCAAGAUGAGUGCUCAGGAGUAUGAGCUGAUAAAGGAAGAUGAUGAGAAAAGUCUGCGUAAGUACCGCAAGCAGUGCAUGCAGGAGAUGCACGAGCGCCUGAGCUUCGGGCCCAAAUUUGAGGGCGUGUACGACCUUGACAGUGGCGAGGCCUUCCUGGAGGUCAUUGAGAAGGAGCACCGGCUCACAGUGGUGGUGGUGCACAUCUUCAAAGAGGGAGUGCAGGGGUGCGAAGCGCUUAACAGUUGCAUGAAUUGCCUGGCCUCAGAAUAUGCCUGUGUUAAAUUCUGCCGCAUUAGCGCCGCCGCCACUGGAGCUGGCGAGCGUUUCUCAGAUGACGUGCUGCCCGCCUUGUUAGUGUACAAGGCUGGAGAGCUUCUGGGGAACUUCCUGGCUGUUACGCAGCAUUUCAGCGAGGAGUUCUUUGCUACCGAUGUAGAGGCAUUCCUCAAUGAGUAUGGACUGCUGCCAGAGAAGGAAUGCGGCCCUGGAGCUGAUGAGGAUGAAGCAGAUGUGGAGUGAUGAAAGAUGGCAGAGAGUAAGAAUGGAUGAAAUGAGUGGGAGGAAUGUUUUUCUGAAUAUGACAAGAAUAAGUUUCAUUAUUCUUCCAGCUAACAUGAUGAGAUGCUUCCGUGUGCACAUGCAGCUCAUGGUAAAGAUCUCUUUGAGCACAGUAGAGAAAACUAUUGAAUGUUUUGUACAGUACAGCAAGGAAUGGAAUAAAGCCGAGAAAGAUAAUGAGAUAUUCAACUAUCAUGUUUUCUCAUAUAAACAAAUAGACAACUGCAUGAAUAUGAAAUAGAUAAGAAUGAAUUAGUGUCAUGUGGAAUACUUAUGCACAUAUUGUGAUUGCAUGUAGCCAGAGAUGAUGCAAAUAAGAAUGUUCCAUGAUUGUUUUUUCUUAAAUGAAUAGUUUUGAAAAAACUAAAAAUAAAAAAUGAAUGAAAAUAUA